AUGAGCAAUCCAAACAAACACAAAACCGAGUUAGAUUCUCAUAACAGCUAUGUUGAUCAAGAUAUUUUCUGGUGUUUAGAUUCUCUACAAGCAUUUUGUCGACUCCAAGGUCCAACAAUAGGUGAACGCGACCUAUCUUUCUCUUUUGGCACUUGUCCAGACCGUUGGAUGUACUUCCACUUCACUCUUCAUUACUUCUUUCUGGACACUACAGAGGUUUCAACGCCUAUUGAAGCAGCCUCGGACGCAAGUAGGUCAGGUCUUCGGUGUGACCGCUUGAACAUGACAAUUCCUGGUAUUGGUCGUCUUGAAGAGAUGCGUCUUCUAGUUAGUAUGCGAGUUGCCACUAGAUACGGCACCAAAUCGCCCACGGAAGAGCCCAGUCCUUCAGCCGUGGGCUUCGUUAUGACGGAUGCCGGCCAUUCGUCCACUCACACGACGAGAACAGACUGGACUGGGCGGGGAUUGCAAUCUCCUAUGGAGGCCUCCGGCGUCACCCUUUUUCAAACGAUGAUAUGGAACCUUUUGGAUUUAUGGGAGCAUGGGUGGAGCCAGUGCUUGGACGCCGUAGAUGCCCUCCUUGAUUUUCAGUCUGACGACCUAAGUAAUGAGAUACUUCUCGAGGCGCAAAUGUUCGAUGAUGAGCGAAUGUCCAAGACGAAACAUAUGUUUUUAGUGCUACGACUUUUCGCUAAUUUUCGUAAGAACAUCUCGACCCCUUCGCAGACCAUUCGGAGAAUGCAGAAGGAAUGGGCGAAAGCGUAUAAAGGGAGGUACUCGGAUCGGCUUGAACGUUUUGACAGGCUUACUCAAGUCGCCAUUCUGGAGAACUGGGAUCGUGUCAUAUUGCACUCAGACAGGCUACACGCCAAACUACUCGACAGAAUCCGCUCAAAGGAGGAAGAUUGCAGAAACUAUCGAGAUGGUGUAAGAUUCAAUUUCUAA